AAGAUGAUCACUGCCAAGAAGCUUCUGAAUUUGGCAAGGAAAUGGCAGAAGCUAGCUGCUAUCAGUCGAAAAAGAAUCACGUUGCCACAAACCAUUGCAAGCAUAGAUCCAAGAAGUCCUAACACACCAACAGAGGUCAAGAAAGGCCAUUUUGUUGAGUACUCUGCUGAUAAAAAAUGCUUUUUGCUUCCUUUGGAAUAUCUUAACAAUGAAAUUAUUAGAGAGCUAUUCAACAUGGCAGAAGAAUAGUUCGGAUUACCAGCCACAGAGCAUCUUACAUUGACAUGUGAUGCAAAGCUUAUGGAAUAUGUAAUUAUUUUGAUCAAACAGAAUGUUACCAGAGAUGUGGAGAAAGCAUUGUUGACGUCUAUAGCUAGUGGCUGUUUUUCAUCAUCUUUGCAUCUCCAACAUCAACCAACAAUCCAUCAAUUACCAAUUUGCAGUUUCUGAAGAGUUAGAAUUAGAUUUGUAAACAUGGAUAUACAAGUGUACCUAACCAAGCAUCUCAAAAUUUUUGUUCCUGCUUAGUUAACUCUCAAUUGAAAAUAAUUUUCAAUUUGGUAUAAUUUAUAGAAAUAACAAAAAUCUCAACAUUACUAAUUUUGCUCUCUUACUGUUUGCGUCUUUAUCCUUGUGUUGUCCUCAUAAUCUCCUCUUUAUCCUUGCAUUGUGGGAACUCCAAUAACAAGACUUGUGUCUUGAGUUUGUGCAUAUAUAAUAAACCCACUUCCUUUCCCUUCUACUCAUCACAGCAUUAGAAUUCACUACUCCAAUAUCUAAACCUCUUCAGCUUCAGCUCCUUUGCUUCUUCUCAUAGAUCGUUCUUUCUUUGCCUUCAUAGACAAGAUGAUCAGUCCCAAGAAACUCCUUAAAUUAGCAAGAAAAUAGCAGAACCUGGCUACCAUCAGGCAAAAAGAAUCACGCUGCCACAAACCAUUGGAAGCACGGAUACAAGCAGUUGCAGCACAUCUGAAAAAGCUAAGAAGGGCCACUUUGCAGUGUACUCUUCCAAUCAAAAACGGUUUUUUGCUUCCAUUGGAAUUUCUUGACAAUGAAAUUAU